AGAUCAUUCCGUCUUCUACCGAUUAAAACUCUUUCAACCAUUGAAUAUCGAUUCAACUCCGAGAGAGAAAGAAUUUGAGAGAAAUGAUGAAGCGUCUGGUCCCAACGUUCAACCGGAUCCUGGUGCAGAGAGUCAUCCAGCCUGCCAAAACCGAAAGCGGCAUCCUCCUCCCUGAGAAAGCCUCCAAGCUGAACUCAGGCAAGGUGAUAGCAGUGGGGCCCGGUUCGAGAGAUAAGGACGGGAAAUUGAUUCCGGUCUCGGUUAAGGAAGGCGACACUGUUCUUCUCCCAGAGUACGGCGGUACUCAGGUCAAGCUCGGCGAGAAGGAGUACCAUCUCUUCAGGGAUGAGGAUGUGUUGGGAACCUUGCACGAGGAUUGACAAGGCUAAGCGAAUGUCUUUGCCGUUGUGUGAUGGGAUCAUUUAAGUUAAGUUUAUCCUUGAAGAUGUGGUUGGACAUUGUCGUUUAUUUAAAUGAAAUUUUACAUUAAUGGACUUAUCUUAGUCCCUUUCGAAUGGUUCCAGUUUCCAAAUGAGCAUCAGUCUUGUGAUUCUGAACUUUUGUGUGAUUUUUCCGUAGCCUGAUGAUGGCUUGAUUGAGCUUGCGUUUUCUUGAUCACUCUA